GCUACCCCAAGCCGUCCAUCGCUGUCAGCCCUGGCACGGAGGUCUUGGCUGGCCAGACUUGGACGAUCCGGUGCUGGGCUCCGUAUGCGGGAUGAGCUUUGUGCUGUACCGGGCACGGGAGUUCUGGACUGAGCGGGCGCCUCGCGGAGACCCCCCCACGGCCGAGUUCCACCUGGGGAACGCCAGCGCUGCCAACGUGGGGAGAUACACCUGCUACUAUCACACCACCAGCGAGCCCUUCAUCUGGUCCAACUCCAGCAACCCCCUGGAGCUCAGGGUCACAGAUGUUCCCAGCACCCAGGAGCGGUUCGUGGACGUGGGUGGGAAGCUCCGGGUAAAUUGUUCCAUCCCCGAUGCCCCGGGUGGCUGGUUCUUCCUGUACCGAGACGGGGAUCCUGAGCCCCUGGCCUGGAUCGCAGCCAAGGAGGACGAUGGGCCGGCUGGCUUCAAUCUCCCAGAGGAGCAGGCCCUGGGCCCCGGUGGGGUCUUCAGCUGCCGCUACGGGCUGGAGGAACCGGGCACCCGUUUCGACCUGGCUCUCAAUGACACGGAGGUGCGGACCCAAGGCUCGCGUUCUGGGGACAGUGAUUACAGCCAGACCAAUGCGCUGCGCCUGGGCCUGGGGGCCGCCGUCCUGCUGCUGGCGCUGCUCUUUGUAGCCCAGGCCUGCUGGGAGGAGAGACACCUGCAAGGCUGAGGCCAGUGAGUUGGUCCUGGCAUGGGAGGUGGGGACGAGGCCAUGCUGGAGACUCCUGGCUCCCAGCCCCCCUCCCCGCACUCUAACCACUAGCCCCCACUCCCCACCCAGAGCCGGGGAGAGAACCCAGGAGUCCUGACAGGUGCCUGCACCCACCUCCCCAGCACCACCACCUCGAUUUCCCUCUACAGCCCAGCUCCCAGGGGGUAUUUGGGGUGAAGUUGCCCCCUCCCCCCAGUCUGUUUCAUGGUUGGUGCUCUCCUGCAUCUCCCCACGCUCAGGGGGAGGGCUGGCGUUUGGGUGGGUUCCAGGGCGGGAGGAACGGAGCUGAGACCCCAUCUGUCCUGGAAGGGGGGGGCGUCUCAGGGGUGUGGCUAAUGGGGUUCUCUCUCCCCUCACAGGCCGUCAUGGGCCCGCAGGCGACUGGGGGAAGGAAUAGGCCCCCCACACACACUCCAUGGAGCCCCCUCUGCUGGAAUUCACCCCCCACUCCAUCCCCCCCGGUCUAUCCCACCCUCUCCCUUAGAGCCCCCCAGCCCCAGCCUACCAACCACCCUUCCGUCCUGUCCAACCCAGUCCUCUCUGUUCCCCCUCCCCCAUUAGCCCCCCCCAAAUACUGUAAGCUUGCCCCCCAACAUCCUCUCCACCCUGGGCUAUCUCAGCCCGUCCCACCACCUCUCUGCUCUGCCCCCAUCCCAGCCUAUGGCCGCCCCGGAUUUCAGGGUGGGUCCCCCAUCGCCCUGGCAAAGGGAGAGCAGAUGAGUCGGAGUGGGGGGAGCCCUGGGGGAGCUCACCCAGUCCCCGGGGUGGUUGGUCAAGCCCUGCCCCCCAGGUGGGCAGGGGAGGUGCUGGCGGGAGAGGGCUGAGGGAUGGUACCACACGUCGCCCCCCUCUGGAACCGCGAGCGCUGGGCUUCACCGCUGCCCGGCACC